AUGAAGCACAUCAUAUUGAUUCUCUUUAUCGUAGUCUUGUCGAUGGCUACAAGAGAGACAGACCUGGUGACUGAGACACUCCCUGGGUGCUCUCAAGGUAACUUCAAGCAGUAUAGUGGAUACUUCAACAUCGAUGAAGUUAAGAAAUUCCACUAUAUAUUCGUCGAAAGUGCCAGAGACCCAGCCACUGACCCUGUUGUGUUCUGGUUCGAAGGCGGUCCUGGCUGCUCAAGUAUGAACGGAUACAUUGCUGAACAUGGGCCUUGUGCAUUCAUUGACGAUGCUGACUUCAUGCCACAAGACAACCCAUACUCAUGGAACAAGUUCGCGAAUGUUGUAUACAUUGAGUCUCCUGUUGGCACAGGGUACAACAAUCAUCCCGAACUUCUUCCUUACAAUGACGAAAUCGUAUCUCAUGACAACAUGAAAGCUACUCUGGAGUUCUUUAGAAUGUAUCCAGAAUUCAAGAGUAACGAGUUCUACCUUUCGGGUGUUUCCUACGGAGGAAUCUACGUUCCAUAUCUGGCCCUCAGAAUAGAUGAAUACAACCAAGAAGCUGAGGAGAAGAUCAAUCUAAAAGGAUUCUUGAUCGGUAACGGUGUCACUAAUUGGAAAUUUGACGGCUUUACAGCUUACAUGGAGGUUGCUUUCACUAACGGAAUCAUUACCAACGAAUUCCAUGAGAAACUUCAAAACUCAGGAUGCGACUUCGCUGAAUUCGGCCGAGAAAAUCCUGGAAGAGAGCAAGAAUGUGAUGGACUUUACCAAGAAUUCUACGAAAAAGUUAAGAUUGCUAAUCUUUACGAUGUUUACAGACCUGUUGAUGAAUAUUACGAAUAUCCUGAUGAAGGAAAGACUUUGAAGCUAUUAUUAUCUGACGAGAAGCCUACUUGUCCAUACAAUUUAUUGUCUGGGUUUAAUAAUGGUAAAUGCUUCAAAAGUUCGAAUGAAAUCAUCCCUCAGAAAAGAUAUUUGAACAGAGCCGAUGUGAAAUCGAUUCUGCACAUCCCUGCUAGCUACACUUGGGAACUCUGCUCUCCAGUGGAUUAUAGUUGGGGAAUAAAAGCUUCUGAGUGGAUCUACCCUAAAUUCAAAGGAAAGUACAGAAUGAUGCAUUACAGCGGAACCACCGAUGGAAGAAUUCCAACUAUUGGAACCCAAAGAUGGAUGGAGCACCUCGGAUGGCCAAUCACCAAAGAGAGACAACCAUGGUUCUUAGAGCCUCACCUCCUUGGAGGAUUCACCCAGUCCAGAGAAGGCGGCCUCGACCUGAUCACUGUGCACGGAGUCGGCCACAUGGUUGCCCAAUGGGGCAAGUCCCAAAUGUUCAUGAUCGCCAGCAGCUGGAUAUUCGGAAAAGACCUGCCCAGACAAGAAUAA